GUUCGAGGCCCUGCUAUAGAGUGGAGAAGUUCGCAACCUCAUUAAGUUCAAUGUGUGUGUCUGCAAAAGUGGGCACUACUUGGGAAGUUAUACUGGUGUCAUCUGCCUAAAUUGGAGUUGUUUGUUUUCCUGAUGAUGGAUUGCGUUACAAUACGAUGACAGUUAUAGUGUUAAGUGUCUUUAGGGAGGAACUAGACCUGUUGGUGAAGUUUGUGACCGGAGGCAGAACUUUCGGGAACGGAUGUCCGGGACUCCUGUUGAAACUCAAGGUAUGCCGAAACGGAUAAGGGUGUGAAAUAGAGCAGUUGCCAAGGAUACGGGUCACCUGAACCGUCAGUAUGUGCGAGUCUCUACCAACCUCACCGAAUCUUUACCGCAAGAGACAGACAGAGUUUGAGUCCGCUUUGGCCCCGCACUUACGACAACGUAGUGGUAGUGUACAUAAACGCUGGACGAGACUAUUACAACAAGCGAGGCGCCAAAAUUACAAAGAGGCACGAUGUGGCAGGGCUGAUGAUGACACCGAGGCGAUAGGGGGAGCACCCCCUGUCAAGAGCGACGAACCGGAACAUUACGUGAACCUCUUGCACAGUGGUAGCGGUGCACCAUCCGCGCAAAGUUUUUCCCGGUUGAAGAAGAAGCUCACGCAGUGCGAUUCGCAAUGGAUGCUGAACUUUCUGGAACUAAACGGACUUGGAAUACUCUUUGAGGCUCUGACGAGUCUGAGCCAACCGUCUACAGCUAGUAUUGCCAGGGCUUAUGCUCAGGUUGAGGUGGUGGAAAGCCUGAAAGCCGUGAUGAACAGCCCGGAGGGACUGGACUUUAUCAUUGAUGAUCAGGACUUCCCCCGUAAAUUGGCAACAGCGUUGGGCACGGACAAUGUAACGGUGAAGAAACAAGUCUUCGAGAUCCUUUCGGCUUUGUGUACGUACAAUGGGGACGGAUACAAUAGAGCCAUCGAUGCUUUGGAGCAUUAUAAGACAUGCCAUAACGCGUUUGCAGUUGCUAUGGUGCAUCGUGAUGACACAGAGUGA